UUAAAUUAAAAUCCUUUUUUAUUAGGGUUUUCAGACUCGGCAGAUUUUAGUUGUAUUUCUUUAAUUAAUGAAGGAAUUAGACUGAUAUUUUUUCUGGGUUUUGGUUUUUCGAUCCGGGUUCUUUGUGAUUUUUGGUUUUGCGUUUGGGGUGAAGGAAAUUUUUGUUUUUUUGAUGGUUCAGUUGACGAAAUCAGGCAACUCUAAAUCGGAACCUGAAACGACGUCGUGUCGGGACAAGGUGCCGGUGAAAUUAGAGAUCGUUGAAGACUCGUUGGAGGAAGAGUACGGCCCUCUUAAUAAGCGAUCUAAGCCUUCUUUGACCAUUCAACGACAGCAAUGGAGUGCUUGGAAUAAUGAUAGUGAUAAUGAUGGGUGUCCCAUCUUGCCAUCACAAUACAACCCACUAAAUGAACCAAGUCCAUUGGGUUUGCGGCUGAGGAAGAGCCCGUCGUUGUUGGAUCUGAUUCAAAUGAGACUCUCUCAAGCGCCAGAGCAUAAUCUUAAUCCUGUAGUAAAAAAGGAGAGUAAAGCUGCAUCAGCUGCUUCUUCAAGUGCAACUGACAAGCUUAAGGCAUCGAAUUUUCCUGCUUCGCUUCUAAGGAUUGGACAGUGGGAGUAUAAAUCGAGAUAUGAAGGUGAUCUGGUGGCGAAGUGUUACUUUGCAAAGCAUAAACUUGUUUGGGAGGUGCUUGAAGGUGGUCUCAAGAGCAAGAUAGAGAUUCAGUGGUCUGAUAUUAUGGCUUUGAAGGCAAACUGCCCGGACAAAGGUCCUGGGACUUUGAAUGUUGUGCUUGCUAGACCUCCACUUUUCUUUAGGGAGACAAAUCCACAACCUAGGAAGCACACAUUGUGGCAGGCCACGGCAGAUUUUACUGAUGGACAAGCUAGCAUACUCCGGGAACAUUUUCUGCGGUGUCCACAAGGGCUGUUAAACAAGCAUUUCGAAAAGCUCAUUCAGUGUGACAUGCGUUUAAAUUUUCUGAGCCGACAGCCAGAGAUAAGUUUAGAUUCACCAUACUUUGAACCAAAGGGUUCAAUAUGUGAUGAUCCAGUUGAAUUAAAAAGUAAUCAAGUGGAGAUUAGUCAAGGAUCAAGUAUUACUGGCGUGCAGAAUCUGGCUUCACCAGUUGCAGCUCACUCAUCUUCCUUUGAAAUUGAAAGAGGGGAACCUUCUGGUAUCGGAUCGGAGAAUAUGUCACAGGAAGCUCCUUCUCCUAGCUCAGUGAUGGAUACUCAUGCAAUUGAAGGUAGUGGAACAUGUGAAGUAAAUUCGAAGGGAACAAGGAAUUGGGAUCAGAUAAAAGUGCCGGGCCUUCGCCCCUCAAUGUCUAUGAGUGAUUUUAUGAACCACAUUGAAAGCUGUCUUUCAGAUCAGAUGAGUAUUGUACGUCAACCUGAGGAAGGAGCAGAUUGCCAUGAGUUACUGGAGGACAUUGCACAGUACUUGCUUAGUGACACUCAGUUAACAACAGUUUCUGAUGAGAAAUCCCUCAUGUCAAGAGUCAAUUCUCUGUGUUGCCUUUUGCAGAAGGAACCUGGUGUAGCUCAAAACUGUCAAGCAAACGGGGAAAGUUCUGAUGCAAGACCAAAUGAUGAUGAUGGAAAGAAUGUUCAGCUACAUACUUCUUCUGAACCAUUGCAUGAUAACAAAAAUGUAGUAGAAAUAAAGGCUUCUGAAGUUGAUCCAAAAGAUUUUUCUGGCAGCAAGCCGACAACUGGCAUGUCCAGGAAAGACUCAUUCAGUGAGCUGCUACUUCAUCUCCCUCGAAUUGCCUCUCUCCCAAAGUUCUUGUUCAACAUUUCAGAAGAAGGUAGUGAGGCACAAUCAAGAUAGUAAAGUUGAAUAAUUAUGAAUAAACAAAGUUUCAAAAGCUCAAGAACAUGAAAAGGCAAAUUCUCCUGCUUUUGGCUUAUGUAAAUUGAAGAUCUACUGGUGGUGGUUGAAUGCACAUCUCAGUAUUCUGAAGAAAAUGCUCAUCUUGGGAUAAUGUACUGGGAUUCAGAAAUUUGUAUUGAUGAAGAAUCCUAAUAGAAUGUCCCUUGUAAAAUUAAUGGUGUUUAAAGGUUGGUGGUUUAUUCAUAUAAAUAACUUGUUAUUAAUUUGUAUGUAAGUCGAUGUUUGAUCCUAGCAAGGUUCUGUUUAAUGAACGUGGGCGUUGUGCUUUGUUCAGCCAUUUGUUGUAUUUUUAACGAUGGUCUAGCUUUUGCUGGUGAGCUAAUGCAGGUAUUAGUGGCAAGCCUCA